AUUUGUUGGACAGCUACUGCGGCUUCUGGUUUGUCAGAAUGAAAAGUUUGGGACACACAUCCAGAAACAUGUGAAAGAACUGGUAGCUCAUGAAAUGAGCCCAACCCUCUACCCUAUUCUGUUUGAUCAGAUUAAAGCUAUAGUAGAAAAGUUCUUUGACCCACAAGGACAGUCAAAACAACCCACACCUUUCCAGAAUGAAUCUUUUUUUUUAGAUCUACAUCAAAAUGUCGGUCUGGCUCAUAUGGAAGGUUGUAUUGAUAUAAAAUAUUUAGUAUUUAGAUACAAGACUGAAUUUAGUAAUUUAGAAUUUCAUUUCCUUUGUUAUUUUUGGUCACCUUUAUCCAGCGUAUUUGUUUUCUCCUUGCAGGCAUGGGAGGAUACAUUUUUGAACUGGGAGGCUGUCACAAAACUACUGGUAAGCUACCCAAAAACAAAGUUAGAGGAAGGUCAAAUAUCUGAGGGUUUUCAUCGUACUAUAGGCAAGCGGAGAGCUUCUCACCAAAGUGCAGAACAUGACUUAGAGGACCAGCUGAAUGUGUGGGCCAACAUGACUGGAUUUUUAUGUGCUUUGGGAGGGGUCUGCUUGCAGAGAAAAUCUCUGUCUAGGCCUAGGACCUCGCUAUACCUUUACAGUAUGCCACACUCAUCAUUGUCACUUGAUUCUCGAAAGAGCAGUAUGCUGACCACUGGUCAAGAUACUCAGUAUUGUCCAGUCACUCACCAUCAGAACAAUCCUUGGUGGUUAACUGCACUAAGCAUUGUUGCUACUCAGUUUAAUUUGGUUAUUGUUCUCGAUGCAAACACCCAGUUUAUUGAGCAUAUUAUCUUCAUAAUGAAAAGUGUGUUGGAGAAUGAAGUAGACCAUACUGCUGAACAUCUUGGGGUAACCAGCAUAGAGGGAAUGAUGUUAGCUAUUGUCAGAUAUUUUUCACUCUUCAUGAACCUACUGAAUGAGUGCAGUGAGGUUCCCGAAGAAAAAGAUGUCAACCGUCAGAGGGUCCAGACAUCUAAGUUAAGUGAACUACGAACCUGCACCAUCCAAGCCAUGUCCAAUCUCCUCAGUGCUAACAUUGAUAGUGGCCUGAUGCAUUCCAUAGGUCUUGGGUACCAUAAGGACUUGCAGACCAGGGCAGCUUUCAUGGAAGUAUUAACCAAGAUUCUACAGCAAGGAACUGAGUUUGAUAUGUUGGCAGAAACUGUUCUUGCUGAUCGCUAUGAACAACUGGUUCAACUUGUAACAAUGAUAGGAGACAAAGGAGAGCUUCCUAUUGCCAUGGCUCUAGCAAGUGUUGUAAUGACUCCUCAGAUGGAUGAAUUAGCAAGAGUGUUUGUGACUUUGUUUGAUGCUAAGCAUUUGCUGUCUCCUCUUCUAUGGAGUAUGUUUUAUAAAGAGGUGGAGGUAUCAGACUGUAUGCAGACGUUGUUUAGAGGAAAUAGCCUCGGAAGCAAGAUCAUGGCAUUUUGUUUCAAGAUAUAUGGUGCAAGUUAUCUUCAUACACUUCUAGAGCCUCUAAUCCAACCCCUGAUUGAUCAGCCAAAUACAAGCUAUGAGAUAGAUCCUGCUAGAUUGGAAGAGGGAGAGGAUGUAGAAGAAAACCAAAGAAACUUGAUCUCACUUACUCAGAGGGUAUUCAAUGCUAUUAUCUCCUCGGCAGAUAGUUUCCCCCCUCAACUGAGAAGCAUGUGUCACUGUCUUUACCAGGUUUUGAACAAAAGGUUUCCCAAUGUUCCUCCAAACAUCAGUGCUGUUGGAACAGUAAUCUUUCUGAGAUUUAUCAACCCAGUUAUAGUUUCUCCAUAUGAAAUGGGGAUUGUUGAAAAACAGCCAUCACCCAAGACAAAGCGAGGACUGAUGCUUAUGUCUAAAAUCCUACAAAAUACAGCCAAUCACGUAGAGUUCAGUAAAGAACAGCAUAUGCUGCCCUUUAAUGAUUUUCUGCGAAGUAAUUUUGAUAUUGGUCGCAGAUGGGUAAUUGAGAUUACCUCAGACUGUGAAUCCUUGGACCAGACUAGUCACAGCAUGUCUUUCAUCAGUGAUGCCAAUGUGCAUGCUCUUCAUCGUCUCUUGUGGAAUCACCAGGAAAAGAUAGGAGAUUACCUGUCGAGCUCAAGAGAUCACAAAGCUGUUGGACGUAGACCAUUUGAUAAGAUGGUAACUUUGCUGGCAUACUUGGGACCUCCUGAACAUAAGCCUGUGGAUUCUCAGUGGAGCAGCAUGGAUAUGACCAGUACAAGGUUUGAGGAAAUCAUGUCAAAGCACAACAUGCAUGAGAAGGAUGAGUUCAAAUCCAUAAAAAGUUUGAACAUAUUCUACCAAGCAGGCACGUCAAAGGCUGGGAACCCAGUCUUUUAUUACAUUGCCAGGAGAUACAAAAUUGGAGAAACAAAUGGUGACUUACUCAUUUAUCAUGUGAUCCUGACACUUAAACCAUUUUGUCACAAACCAUUUGAGUUAGUUAUAGACUUCACUCACACUUGUGCUGAUAAUCGUUUCCGGACCGAGUUUCUCCAGAAAUGGUUUGUUGUAUUACCACCAGUGGCCUAUGAAAAAAUUCAAGCUACAUAUAUCUACAAUUGUAACUCAUGGGUUCGAGAAUACACAAAAUUCCAUGACAGAAUAUUAGCACCACGUUUGAAGGGAAGUAGAAAGCUGAUUUUCAUUGACACACCACAGAGAAUCAAUGAUUUUAUUGAUCCUGAUCAGCAGCGGUUGCCUGGGGCAACACUUUCUUUAGAUGAAGAUCUAAAAGUCUUUAACAAUGCACUAAAACUUUCACACAAAGACACCAAAGUUGCCAUUAAGGUGGGACCAUCAGCCAUCCAGGUUACUUCAGCUGAGAAGACCAAGGUGCUGAGCCAUUCCGUUCUUCUGAAUGAUGUUUACUAUGCAUCAGAGAUAGAAGAAGUUUGUUUGGUGGAUGACAAUCAGUUUACUUUGACAAUAGCCAAUGAAAGUGGUCCUUUGUCUUUUAUUCACAAUGACUGUGACAGUAUUGUACAAGCUAUCAUACAUAUCAGAACAAGAUGGGAACUAUCUCAACCUGAUUCAGUAACCGUCCACACUAAAAUAAGGCCCAAAGACGUUCCUGGAACGUUGCUCAACAUGGCCUUGCUAAACCUUGGCAGCUCGGAUCCAAAUUUACGGACAACAGCCUACAACCUGUUAUGUGCUUUAACAGGAACUUUUGACUUGAAAAUUGAAGGACAGCUUCUUGAAACUGCAGGUCUUUGUAUUCCCUCCAAUAAUACAAUCUUCAUCAAACAGAUCAGUGAAAAGCUAGCUGUGAAUGCUUCACACCUUACAUUGGAGUUUUUAGAAGAAUGUAUUCAGGGUUUUAGGGCUUCAACUAUUGAAUUAAAGCAUUUAUGCCUAGAGUAUAUAACGCCUUGGUUACCAAACCUAACAAGGUUUUGUAAACACUCGGAUGAUAAUAAACGACAAAGGGUGGCUACCAUUUUAGACAAGUUGAUUACACUUACUAUUGAAGAAGUAGAGAUGUAUCCAUCUAUUCAGGCUAAGAUUUGGGGAAAUAUUGGGCAGGUGUCAGACUUGUUGGACAUGGUUCUUGAUAGUUUUAUCAAGCGUAGUGUAACUGGAGGGUUGGGUUCAACUCAAGCAGAGAUUAUGGCUGACACUGCUGUAGCUUUGGCAUCUUCAAAUGUCCAAUUAGUGGCUAUGAAAGUCAUCAGUAGGCUAUGUCGGGUUAUUGAGAAAACUUGUACUUCACCAACACCCACCUUGGAACAACAUUUAAUGUGGGACGACAUCGCCAUACUUGCUCGAUACUUGCUCAUGUUGUCCUUCAAUAAUUGUCUAGAUGUGGCCAGUCAUCUACCUUACCUUUUCCACAUAGUGGUACUAAUAGUCCACACUGGACCUGUGUCUUUACGAGCUUCAAUCCAUGGACUAGUGAUCAACAUCAUCCAUUCCUUGUGUACGUGCACCAGACCUUCCUUCAGUGGUGAAACACAGCGAGUCCUCAGACUGAGUUUGGAUGAGUUUUCUCUCCCCAAGUUCUACUUGCUGUUUGGAAUAAGCAAGGUUAAGAGUGCUGCAGUGACUGCGUUCCGUUCUAGUUACCGUCUUGGCGAUCGACACUUAGAUCGUUCGUUCACCUGCUCUGGCACAGACCAAGAAAGGAUGCCACUGUCAUCAUUGGAAACAAUCACAGAUGCCUUGUUGGAGAUGAUGGAGAUGUGUAUGAAAAGCAUUCCAAAUUGUGAUUGGCUGCAACAAUGGACAGCCCUGGCCAAGAGUUUUGCAUUCCGUUACAACCCUGCUCUUCAGCCCCGAGCUCUUAUUGUGUUUGGUUGUAUCAGUAAGACAAUAACGGAUCAAGAAAUCAAACAGCUCCUAAGGAUAUUGGUGAAGGCCUUGGAGUCCUUUCAAGACUUGCAGCUUAUUGAUGCAAUUAUUAUGUCUUUAACAAGACUUCAACCACUCUUACGUCAAGAAUCACCUAUUCACCGAGCACUAUUCUGGGUUGCGAUUUCAGUUCUUCAACUAGACGAAGUAACACUUUAUGCUUCAGGACUUGCUUUACUAGAGCAAAAUCUCCAUACUUUAGACUCCCAGGGGAUCUUUGAAAAUCAAACUUUGGAACAAAUCAUGAUGUCAACCAGAGAACCCUUGGAGUGGCAUUUUAAACAGCUGGAUCAUUCUGUUGGCCUUAGCUUCAAAAAUAACUUCCAUUUUGCCCUUGUUGGGCAUUUAAUUAAAGGUUUUCGACAUCCAACACCAACUACAGUGUCUAGAACUACAAGAAUACUGAACAUGUUAUUAGGUAUCAUUGCUAAACCUCAUAAAAGGGAUAAGUUUGAAGUAACACCAGAGAGUGUGGCGUACUUGGCAGCUCUUAUAUCAGUCUCAGAAGAAGUCCGUAGUCGCUGUCAUCUAAAACACAGAGUUGCAAGGGUGGUGUCAGAGUCACCAUCAGCAGAGAGAUUUGCUGUUGAUCUCCAUUCUUCUGUGCCAUCUUCCCAGUGUACCAUCUCCCCAAGUAACCCUACACCUUCUCACACUCCUGGUCAUACUCCCAUUCCAUCACCCUCCUCCUCAACUUGUCCGUCUAUUCAGACAUCUCCACACCCACCCCAGAUGAGCAUGGCAGUUGUUCCCACCACUAGAAGACAGAAGUCUUGGGAUCUGCUGGACCAGAAUGCUUUGAGCCAGGCUCAUCUCACCAAGCAUACAUCUGUACAACAGGUAUUUCAAAAAAUAAUUACAUUUUUUAAGACUAGUACAGUUCACGAGCUUUACAGCAAAAGAAAGGCUACCCUCGUUCGUAACACAACUGAUGAAAAUGAGAUGAGGGUACUUUAUGAUUACCUGGCAGAGGCAUCCGUUGUUUUUCCCAAAGUCUUUCCUGUUAUUCAUAGUCUUAUGGAUGCUAAGAUCAACAGUGUUCUAGCUCUUUGCCAUGAUCAGAUUAUACUGUGUGCAGUCCAGAGUAUCAUCCAAAACAUGAUAGCUUGUGAUGAUUCUAACCAACAACAGCUUCAUUAUCUACAGACAUUUGGUUUUGGAGGUCUUUGGAGGUUUGCUGGCCCAUUUUCUAAAAGUCAGACAAACCUGGAUAAUGCUGAGCUCUUUGUGAACUGUUUGGAGGCCAUGGUUGAGACCUGUCUUCCAGCUGAUGAAGGUGAAUUCCAGGAGCUAAGCCAGUACCCUAGUACUCUUAGUGUCUCAUCUACUAUGAACCUCUCCUCUUCCAUGUCUAGCCUAACCCUUGGGUCUCCAACUGACAAAGAACCAACUACUGAAUAUAAUACUAUAGCUUCAGAUAGUUCAGGAAGAGUUCGUCAUGGUUCAGCCAGUCAGCUUACCAAGCAGCGCAGCUUUAAAUGCAAAGGCUCCAAAAAUGGCAAGGGAACCCACUGAUCCUCGAUCUUUGAAGAGACUGGUAGAAAGUCAAUAUAGUGAUGAACACAUGUACUCCUCUGACUGCCACAUCUUUCCUUAAAUGAACUGUCCACUAUUUUCUUCUCUGAAACAUAUUCAAGAGUAACCUGUGGUUGCUUUAGCCUGUCUAGAUAUUCUUGCAUAUUCAAGGGUGAUUCGUGAUUGCUUCAGCCUGUCUAGUUGUAAAAUAUUUAAUGCAAGGGUUUUGGAAAAUAAAAUCUAAUGGCUGAAUGUUGUAAAAAAUUGUAUUUUAAUAAGUAUAUCAAUGUUAUGUAUGCUAUUAGAACGUAAUUUAUGAAACAUAUUAAGUGUUUAUCAACCUUACUUUAAUAUCCAACAAGCUUGAGCCUCUCUCUAUCUUUCUUCUUGUAUCUUUUCCUUUUUAAUUUUAUCUGUUUCCAUAAAUGUGAUCAUCUAACCAAAGUUGUUGAUAUCAUUAUCUCAAAGAUUUAUAAAUUUCUUGGAAUAAUUCUGUUAAAAGAUAGAAAUGUGAAAUGAUGUUCUGAAGGAAAUCUUGUAGAUUGUGUGAAGAUCAUAAGGUAUACAAGUAUUUUUUAAAGUUUGUCUGUUGGUCUUUGCUGUAUGUGAUUGGUCCGAGGAUUUUACAAUGUUCCUGGUGGUAACUAGAUUCUGCUCACUCCUCAACGUCUUCAUCGGUGCUCUUCCUUCAGAAAUGGUGUUAUUUUUUUAAACAACUCAGCUGUAAGUAUUGUACACAAAAACUGUUUUAAGAACCUGGAGAUCUUCCCCACACACACACCUCAUAAUUUUGAAAGAGUACAACCAUAAAUUUAUGAGUUGUUUUGGUAUUUUUAUUUUUAUCUCACUGUUUGACAAUAAAAUUAAGGUAUGAAGUUGUUACCUAAGACUUAAUAUCAAUUUACCCAUUGUUAGUAAAGAAAAUCUUGCUUUCAUACUUGUUUUUUUGUUUUUUUUUACCUGAGUUUUUGUAUGAUUAUAACAGUAUUGCUUAUCUGAUAAUACAAAUUUUAUACUGGAAUCAAACCAAAAUAAAUUAUUUUGUGCUUUUUCUACUAAGUAUUCAGAUAAUUACAAGACAAUAUAGAGCAGAAAAGUUAAAAGUAACAAAAUCACCUUUUUUAUGUAUAAUAAUGUGGUUUCUACAUAUUUCCUGUUCAAAGCGUUUAUUGAGAGUCCACAAUGUUAUCAUUGUAAAUAAUAUAGAAAUUAUAUUAAUUCAAGUUUUGAUUGAGAAUGCUUGAGUUACGCUCAGAAAAUGUGAUUGAAAAGGCCAGAUUCUAAAGUUCAUAUAGUUAUUUUUAUGAUGGAUCGGAACAAGUUAAUAAGAUAAACUUCUGAGUCAAACUUUCCCUAUUUAUAACACUUAAAAUUUAUGAAUUAGUUUUCUCAAAAAAAAGUCUACCAUCAGAUCAGCAGUAAGUUUGAGGACUUAAAAUACCAAAAUUUAGGGUUUGAUUCUCCUGAGGUGGAAAGAAGAAUGCAGAUAGCCUAUUGUGUUACCUUGCACUAAAAAACUAACAAAAUAUCAAAACAAAUAUAAGUUUUAAACUCAAAAUUGCAAGUUUGUAUUUUCUCAGAUCAUUUUGUAAGAACUUAUUACCUGUAAACUGGACUUAAUACAUAACAGAAUAAUGUUUGUUCUUGUAUUUCUUACAACAAAUUUUUAGUAAUUAUUUAAUGAAAUAGUGCAGUUGUUUGUUGAGGUUUGCCACUAAGUUGUUAUUGGAACAAAAACAAUUAGUUCUUGUAAACCCAAAAGAUUUGUAACUUAUUCUAGAACUCACUCUUUUUUUUUUUUCAGAUUAGAAAAACUUACUUUUAAAAUGAAAUUUGAUUAAAAUAUUCAAGCUUCAAAUUAUGCAUCAUUUUUUACUUAGGUUAUUGUAAGAUGCCUUAGAAGUACACUGAUCUGUAAGUAAAUAGUAUCACCUGUUAAAGGUUAUAAUAUCCUGAUUGUCUAUUGGAAUUUUUUCAGCUCAUAUAGUUUUGAGUUAUUUUUUGUUUAAUAUUAUCACCACUCAUUGUUUGUUCAUUUACCUUUGUCAUCUAAUACUGUAAAAAAAUUGCUCCUCAAAAUCUACCUCAGCAUGAAUUUUUAUUCAUUGCAUAUUAUUCAAAACUUUCCAGUUUUUAAUGUUCUGUAAAGGUAAUCCAUAAUCACAGUGCUUAAUGAAUUCAGCAUUUUUUUAAUUAUUUUAUGUAGCAAAGACAAGAUAACCAAUAUAAUGUUUGUAGACGUGAUAAAUUAAUUUGACUUCUUUUUUUCUUCUUACUUUUUUUAGGAGUUAUUUGCUUCAUUUUUGUACAUAUCUGCAUUCUAUCAUCAUAACCCAGUUUGAACAGUAAUUCAACAGAAUAUGGAAGUUCCACAUUUAACUUCAUUCUGAGCUGCAAUAAUUGGGAUUUAACCAAAUGUAUUAAUUAAAUAGUUUGAAAGGAUUUGAAAGCUUAAUUAUAUGUUCAGUGUAGUUAAAUGACAAUCUUAUUCAUAAGAUUUCGUUUAUGUUUUCCCAGUUUCAAUGUUAAACUUCAGAAAACUAAAGUACUCUUCUUGUAAACUUCCAUGUAAGCGAUGCAUGAACUGAAAAGGAAACACUGUUCAUGUCAAUCAAAUUACAGAAGUUUGUAUGCUGGUAUCUUGUAAGGAAUUUACUUCAAUUCUCAAUUUUUUCAGUAAGCAAUAGAAAACAACUGAGAUAUAAAUUUCUAUUUUUGUGUUUUUAAAACAGCAUUCGCAGUUCAACAUCAACUUUGUGAAUUUAUUAGAAUGUUAUAAUCUUUUUAAUGUUUCUCCUUAAAAGAAUUUUUGAUUUCACAUCAAACAGCAUCUUUGUGUUAUAUAUAUCUUUUGUGAUUAGUUUCAACUUUGUUAUACGUAAUAAUCUUUAGCAGCCAAACACGUGACUGUCAAUCCAUAACAGUGCUAUGAUAGUUACAAUUGUGAUAUGUGUCUUCAUUAAACUUUACAUUUAACAAAUCACUAAGGUGUUUACACAGCUCCUGAUUUUUCUUAAGUUGUAUAUAUAUAUAUAUAUAUACACACACACACAUAUAUAUAUAUAAUAAAUAAGUAGAUAAAAUAAAGAAAUUAGCCUUUUAGAGGAUAAUCGUAGUGUUGAAGGUAGUUUAUAUAUAUUUAUAUAGUUUAUUAUCUUCAUCAUAACAGAAUCUUACACAGCAAUGAAGCCAAUCUCACAAGCAACUUCUAUGAAAAGUGUCACAGAUUUUCAGUUGCCAGUAUGACUUAUACGUACAAAAACAUAUAUUUUUCUUCCAAGGAGUAUUGUAAUUAUUUCAUGUUAUGUAUAAGUAAUCCAUUAAUUUUUAUUCUGUACUUGAUAAAAAUGCAGUUGUUUUACAGGUUACAGGGGAAAAAAUACGAAACUGUUUGUAAGGAAGAUUAAAAUAUGCAGUGCUUAGUAGUUCAAAAAAUACUUAUAAUUCCUUUCACCCAAAGUCUCCAAGAAAGUGUAGGAAAUUCUGCAUUCUGUUUGUUUUUUUAAUUCCUUUCCAUGGGUGUUUAAGUUAUUUGUUUGAUAUUUUGCAGCAAAAGAAAACUCAUCUAAUUCAUGUUUCUCAUCCACCUUUGGAAAAAAAACUACAAAAAACAGUACGUUUCAUCAUAGCUUUUUUUUUUCUUUUGCACCACAACACCACAAGUAACCUCAUAAGGUGAAAAAAAUUUUAUUUUAUGACUUUUCCAUAAAAUUGUACUUUACAAACACUCAUCACAGAGAAAUAAAAAAUAAAGUGAACACACUGUCAAAUAAGAAACAAAUUUAUUCCUAAAGUUUAUGAUUUUCUAGGAUUUUGGAAGUUAUCUUUCUGGUUUUCAAAUUGGGAUUUUUAGAGUGAUUGAUAUAUAUAUUCUCCCUUGCAUUCUUUUUUUUUUCUAUUUCAGCAGAACAAUGUAAAGGUGAUUUUUGAAGUGUAAACAUUAAAACAAUAUCGUGCUAAUUGGUUUAAUGAUUGAUCCAAAUUUGUUAAAUUAUAAUAAGUGUUGUUAUUCCUGAUGCUUUUGGGUGUUAUGUAUAAAGCUGCAACACACUGGUUAUAUGAGAGGAUUUUAAUUACUGUACUGGAGAUGGAAAUCAAACCAGACUGUUGUGUUUGUCUUAUUUUAAUUAGCCCCUAAUGCAUAAUACCAACAGUAAAGUUAGGUGAACUUGGUGAAUUCUUUACAUAUCUUGUAUUCUACAUAACUGGUGAAGGUGAAAAUAAAACCAGGUUUUUCUUCACAUGUGGAUUUAA